GAAAGCCACAGGAAAAGAGAAAGAGUGUUUACAAAGGGAGAAGAAAAUUGCUGUAAAUACGAAGAAGAAGAAGAAAAACUAGGUUAAACAACCUCCUCUUUCCUCUUUACGAUCUCUCGCCUGCCUUUCUGUACGAGCUUUUGAAUCGAAGGCAGAAGGAAUGAAAGAGAGAUCGACAAAGAUGGAACAACUUCAACAAGGAACGACGACCUGCAAUUCGGAUUCCAAUGAAUCAGCCUCAGCGUCUCACAACAAGUUCCCUCUCACAUCGUGGGAGUUAGCGGUUGCUUGCGCUGUUAUUCUCAGCUUUAUUUUAGGUCUUCUUGGAGUUUAUCUAACCAUGCCGGCUUCAGAUUAUAGUUUCCUUAAGCUUCCUCGUAGCCUCGAAGAUCUUCAAAACCUUCGGGAUAAUCUAGAGAGUUACACAAGCGACUACACGAUUCAAGUUCUUAUUGGAUAUUGCGUGGUGUAUAUAUUCAUGCAGACAUUUAUGAUUCCAGGAACUGUUUUCAUGUCAUUGUUAGCUGGAGCACUCUUCGGAGUUCUCAAAGGUGUAGCUUUGGUUGUAUUUACUGCAACUGCUGGUGCUUCGUCUUGCUAUUUCUUGUCGAAAGUAAUUGGACGACCUCUUGUAUUCUCUCUUUGGCCUGACAAGCUUAUUUUCUUUCAAAAUCAGGUGGCUAAGAGGCGUGCAGGGUUGUUGAACUACAUGCUUUUCUUAAGAGUGACACCAACCUUGCCAAAUACGUUUAUUAACGUUGCUUCGCCAAUUGUUGACGUGCCUUUCCAUAUUUUCUUUGCAGCCACUGUUAUUGGAAUUAUACCUGCUGCUUAUGUUACUGUAAAGGCAGGAAUAGCAAUUGGUGAGUUGCAAUCAGUUGGUGAUCUAUACGAUAUAAACUCGAUAGCCACAAUGUUCUUAAUUGGCAUUGUAUCGAUUACGCCAACAUUGAUGAGCAAGUCUAAAUCAUAGUUUGCUACUCUUUCCCUGCAUAUAUAUAUAUAUAUAUGUUUGCUACUCUUUCCCUGCAUAUAUAUAUAUAUAUAUAUAUGUUAUUGCAUCGCUUCAAACUUGUACAGAUUCAGCUUCAAAGAUUUGCGCUAUCAAAAACAGACCCAAUCUCCGAGAGUUGGAAGCGCAUUCUUAGAUUAUUGGGAUUAAUGACAUUUAUUGUGUAAAGAUAUAUGUGGAAUGAUAGUUUUCAUGUUACAGAAAAAUGUAUACAUUGAUUACUAACUAUCAAUCACUAUGCCAUUAAUUGAAUACAUAUUUGGGGUGGGUU